CGCAGUGAGUUUCAGACACCGAUUAUGCAAUGUCGAAAAUUUAUUAUUAUAAUCAUCCUGAUUUAUCUAGUUUGACUUACUAUUGCUGGUGUUUUCCUUGUCACACUUGUUGCGCACGAAUUUGAGUUGGUGGGUGGCAACUUUCGGUUUCACGGUCCUAAGGGUUUGUGUACAAAUGUCUGGUGGUUCUGCGCAAGUACUAGAGAUUGAGCCGAAAAAUGAGCUGAUAUUUGUAGGUCCCUUCACCGAUGUGAUAACUUCUCACAUCAAAAUGAGGAAUCCUCUGGAUAAGCCAGUUGGUUUCAAGAUAAAAACAACUGUUCCAAAGUGCUACUGUGUAAAGCCAAGCAAUGGAUAUAUUGAGCCACAUCAGAUGAUAGACGUUGCAGUGAUGCUUCAGCCGUUCAGUUAUAAUGCUGCUGAGAAAUUCAACCACAAGUUUAUGAUUCAAUCCAUCGUUGUUCCUGAUGGCCCCCGGCCUUCCAUGGAAGUCCUGUGGAAAGAUGCUCCACGUAGCAAACUGAUGGAUUCACGUCUGUUUUGUCUCUUGCGUAUGCCCGACGAACUACUUGUCGAACCUAGUCGAGAUCUGGUCUUCGAAGGUCCUUUUGUAAAACCCGUUACCUCUAUCAUAAAACUUACCAACCCUUCUUCACAAUAUAUCUGCUUUAAGAUUAGUGCAUCAUCCCCAGAAUAUUUUUCAGCUACUCCUAGUACUAGCGUAUUACCGCCUGGUGCGAAUUCCGAGCUGUCCGUCGUAUUCCGACCCCAUGAUUUUGACUUUAUGGCUAAAAGUCGCGAAAGGAUCUUGAUUCAAUCUGUUGUCGGCUCAGAAGGGUUAGAUCCCAAGAAAGAUCAAACAGCAUUGUUUAAGGAAGGGAAGGUGACAGAUUACUACUUGAAAUGCAUAUUCAAAAAUACAGGCAUCGAGGACAAGAUAGAGAGUAGCAAACAUGAACACACGUCAUCGAAACCUGUGCAUGAUACUGGCAUGACGAAAGCUGAUAUUGAGGCGUUAAUGGCUGAGGUAUCUGCACUUCGCAGAGAAAAUGCAGCCCUUAAGCAAGUCCGACUAAUUUUAUUUUGUAAGAUCCUGCACUGGUCUGUCGUACUGACUUGCCACAAUUCAAAAUAUAAUUCUAGAAAAUGGCGAAGAAGUGUGAAAUGGCACUACAGAAGAGAAGAAAUAGGUGUAAAAAAGGGUAACUUUAGUAAAAUAAUCAAAAACGUGAAGAUAGUAGCGGGCGUAUUGAUCCUCCAGUCCAAACGAUUCUAGUGACCAACAGUGCAAAUAUCAAUUCCAAACAUCUGGAGAAUUCUGGACGUCAGUUAAACAUUCGUUUAUGACUGUAUCAAUGCCUUAGUCACGUAAUCUUAACAGGCACAUUUCAAUUUGGCAAUUCCCAUCAUUUCAUUAGCAUAAAGAAUCGGAUCUUCACUUACGACGUACAGCUGUCUCAGCUACAUGCCGUAUGCCUACAGAAUCCGGUGGCAGUGGUCGUCAUCAUCCGAUCAAUACCGGAGCCCUAAGCAAUAUCCCACCAAUACUAUACUUAAUUUUAGCCCUACUUAUUGGUUUAUUUUUGGGUCGAUUUGUUCUGUAAAUGAUCUGUUGGUAAUGUAUUACCAAAAGUGUAUGCUUGAGUGCUUAUAAUGAUCAAAUAACAGUUGAAUGAAGCAACAGAGUGGAAGUUCUUCCAAUCUCUCUACUCUUUAGACAUUUUUUUCUUACUGGUUUCGUUUACACAUUUCUGCAUCAUACACAUGUAUUAAGUGUCAAACAGAUUAUAAAAUUAACUUUAGUUAGUUGUACUUUUUUCAGUACUGUAUUCUUACUCAAUACACACACAUACAGAUGUGCCAAAUUUAUUUAUUCUCCAGAGAAAUUUCAUCAAUACGAAUUUCAAAGGUGUGAUGGUAAUUUCUUGUUACUUUCUUUAGAACAUGUGUAAAGCAUUAGUAUAUUAUAUAUGCUAGAGAGAAAAUGAUGACACAUAAAAUUCACUGGUGUGUACUCAGAUAAUUUCAUUCCAUAUGAGGGAGCAUCUCUGUGUGUGUGUGUGUUUCAUUCUGUGUUUCUUGACUUCUCUUUCUUUAUCUUUCGCCCUCAUAGCGCUGAAGUAUACCUCUAUUUUUUCCCCAAAAAUUAAUGCCCCAAUCCCCACACAUAAACAGAGAGAAGGAAAGAUCAUUGGUCUUGUCGGAAACCUCUGUUCAUAUGUGUUAAAACCAAUUCUUUUCUCGUGAUAUGUGCGUGUGUGUGCGUGCGUAAGUGUGUAUGUAUGUGCAUGUCGUGCUUUUAUUUUCUCCUAAUAAUGGAUAAAUGAUCAUAUGAUACCUGAAGUGUUUAAAAUCAGUCUUCAGAUGAAUUUGUUUUCUUCAAUGAAUAUCGUGAAAAGAUUUUCUCUUUAUUUCUUGUCUCAUAAAAUGCGGUGAGGGAAGGUAAGAAGUAGUGUAUUUGACUUAUUUACGUUGUUGGCAUAUAGAAGCUGUGUAACUGAGAGUAUAAUCACAACAUUAAGGAAGACU